GGUUCACAAUAACUAACUCAAAUCCCUACCCUGAAAAAUCCACAAUCAAUCGCCAAUCCCGAUUUCUCCAUUUUCUCCAACCAAAUUAUAAGAAAUUCAUAAAGAAGUUUGUGGAAAAAAAAAUGGAAACGGCGGCUAGAAGAAGCGGAGGUGUUUGGGAAGGACUCUACAGAGUGCUUAUGCGCCGCAAUUCCGUCUAUGUUACCUUCGUCGUCGCCGGUGCUUUCCUCGGUGAACGCGCGGUGGACUAUGGGGUUCACAGGCUGUGGGAGCACAACAAUGUUGGGAAGCGUUACGAGGAUAUUCCGGUUUUGGGACAGAGACCAUCCGAAUGAAGUAGCAUUGUCCAACUCUCCGUCUGGCUUGGUUUUUGUAGCAUGCAUUUUGAUUUUUCUCUUAAUAAUUGUUACCUUAUUAGAACGUACAGGAUGUGAGCCUGUGGAGUUGUUCGAAUUAUAAGAAGUCAAAUUUGCCAUCGCUCGCACUUUGCUUUUAUCACAUUACAAGUUUCUUCCCGUGAAAUUCUCUGGUUUGAGUGUUAUUUUCAGUACCAUGAUAUGUAUUGUUAACAUUAUUGCAUUUAUAUCUAGUAAUCUUGGUAUUAAAAAGAGGCUAGAUGUUCUUUAAA